CACUUGAAGUUGUUUUUUUUUAGUUUUUACUUGCUGAAAAAGUUAUUUUUCAUCGUCAUGAGGUCGGACUUCAUUUUCGCCACGACGUUGUUGCUCGCUGUUGCGUUCUGCAGUGGUGCCGGAGUGGUCAAUCAACAUUGGUCCGAACGAAGUCUACGAACGGCCAUUCAAGGUGGCAUUCACCGUGCGCUUGAAGAACAGAUUCAUCUGCCCGCAGCGAUUCGUUCAGAAAUUGAAGACAUCAUCGUCAACCGAUUAAAGGAUCAUUUGUUUCAAGAGAUAGCUCAAAUCGAUGGAUUCGUUCAGGGAUCGUUUGCCAUCGCCGAAGAAUUUGUCAACUCUGCUGUCCAAUCAUCUUCCAGGAGGACACGCUGGCCCAAUGAGCAAACGAUCCACUACUUGGAAAAAGAAGUGGCCGAAGCGGAUCAAAAGAUUGCAGGAUUACGUCCAUCCUUUGCCGGACUGAUGAUUUCGCUGGAUUCCAACAACGCGAAAAUGUCGAGUUUAAACCUUGAGCAGAUCAUUGCCGAUGUCGUUAGCGAAUUGAUGAAAGAUGAGGCCUUCCAGCACAUCGUCGAGUGGCUGGGCACUCUCCCCGGCGUCAUCCACGGGAUUGCCGAUGAAUUUUUGGCCAACAAAACUUUCUCGGAAAUUUUCCAAAUGCUGGGAGCUCGUUCCGAAGUUCAAGGAAUGUUGGUGCAGGGAUUGGUUGUUCAGGAUGUUCCGGCUGUCGACCCCGUCACAGGGUUCAAAUCCGCCGGCAAACAUACCGGAUCCCAAUCCGUCAUGGGACUGGUUGGGGCAGGCUUGAAAGAAGCUCAAUCCGUUUUGCAACUGGUUGCCAAAACUUAUCGUCUGAUUGUCGACCAGCAAGUGAAGAAACUCGACAAAUUGGUGGCCGAUCUCCAAGAGAAAAUGCCUUACAUCCCCGUCGAAGUGAUGGAAUACAUUCACACGUCAGCGUUGCGUAUGAUCAGGUUCAAACCCGAGUAGAUCCCCACUGAAUUUUCUCCUUUGGCCAACCUUCUGUCAUACGCUGAAGACUCUCCCUCCUUGCAUUAAUCCCCCCCGGUGCACAAUAGGUUUCACAUAUAGUCAUGAAAGAACUUCAAACAUGUCUUGCACAGACAUACACAAUACAAGUUGAAUUUGAUAUGUGGAAAA